AUGCCUUUCACUGCUUCUGAUAUCUGCAAAAUCAUCUUCGCCAUCAUCCUGCCUCCUCUGGGUGUCUUCCUGGAGCGCGGAUGUGGUGCUGACCUCUUGAUCAACGUCUGUUUGACCAUCCUGGGUUGGUUGCCCGGUGUUAUCCACGCCUUGUACGUUCACUUCCACCCCAAAAUAGCUUCAAUCGAGAAGCAGAGAGAAAAAGUUGUCGUGACUAACCUUGGUUUUCCAACAGCUACAUCAUAUUUAAAUAUUAAUCAUGCUGAAAUGACGACUUACACGCCGCUGCACCUCGGACCUUCGGCCGUUUCCUUCCGAGCAAUUCUCAGUUGGGAAAUUAAUUUACUCAGGAUGUCUGCAUCUCACCUUGCCAUUCCUGUUCACAGUACCUGUGGAUAUGCAGCAUGCCAUUUUCCGAAGCCUCGAGUAUCAGUGCUACGUGAUUCCGCGAGGUUCCGAGCCAAGUCUGCAUUCCCCACCUCCUUGACGUGGCAGACAAUGUUCAUAAUUCUUUAA